GUUUAUACUAGUAUGUAAUAAAUGGCGCCAAUACAUGCGGAGAGCCGCCACAGUUAAGGCGAGGAAGACAACAAUAUCGCCUACGCAUCAGAAUAAAAAUCUGAAAUGGUACACUAUUGCGUAAUCGUGGCCGAAGUCUUAUAUUUAUUCUGAUGCGUAGGCGAUACUGUUGCGUUCCUCGCCUUAACUGUGGCGGCUCUCCGCAUCUACUGGCGCCAUUUAUUACAUACCAGUGUAAACGUUUGUACAGAAAGUCUCGCAUGGUACCGAAAGGUCUCGAGUUGGGAGCCUGUACAAAAUCUAGAUGUUAUGAAGCUGUAUGCCCACGACUCCUUGAAAAAAUGGUCGUAUCCGUUACCACUGCUUAAAUUAUGUAGAGUCACAUAAGGACUCUACAAAAGGCUAAGGUACCAGUUUUUAAAAUAUGCAGUGUUCACAAUUCGGCACCAUGACAUGUGCAUUAGCGUUCCACUUCGAACUUCCACAUCAAAUUCUUGGCUGCAGUGUUAUGUGCCCUAGCUUGUUAUGUGAUGUUAUGUGACCUAGACAUGGCCAGACGAACGAAACACAGCAGUUCUGCAAUAAGCGGGAUAAUAUCAAAAGUCGUACGUUGUUCGCUCAUCACGAUCAAUAUUUCGCGGUUUUCGAAAAAUGCUGCCAGAAUAACAGGCGCCGACGCUGCCUAUCGCCACACGGAAGAAACGGGGGCUCAACGGAGUCCCAUUUUCUCUACCGAGAGGGCGCUAUAAGUAGUAUUUCAAGGUAUUCUGCAGGCCGAGGCAAAGUCAAAUUACUGCACCUCUCUCCACAGUGGUACCAAAUUUAGGUAUACCAUGUGGGACAGUUUAAACACUACUUUGUUGAGACAUGAUUAACUGUAAUAAACGUUUCCGGUCGUGUAUAACUUUGUUCUUUAGUGAAGUCAUAGGACGAUGCAUAGAUAUAAUUGCAAAAUCUUAUCCAUUUCGCAUCCAACGGCAUCCAAAGCUGUCUCUGGCCCACUGGUGCAACGUGCUACUCAAGCAACCGGGCAGAUGUCGGGAGGGUUGGAGUGGGAGGGUACUUUAGAAAUGUCUACCUAGUGGACAUGUCUAUUUCGUCGGCUGCUAAAGUGCUGAUUUGGUGGGGGCGCCUGUCGCCUCGUGACGUGUAACCCAGCCCAGCCAAUCAGAACUUCAGCAGCAGGCAAAAUGGACACUUACAGAUUAGCCCCUCCCCUCCCCAUAUUGCACUGUUCAGCCUGCUCCGUAAGUUCAAGUGCUCGCCUUGUGUGAGGUGGUUGCGGCAUCCAUAUAUCAGGGGAUUAUGUAAUACAUUCCGAUCCGUGUCGCUAAACAAACCAGCACUUGUUUGAGUGAAAAUGUAAUUAAUUCUAUAUGAACAGAAAGUGAACAGUUUGUAGCGGAUAUAGAGAAGUUAGCAAAAUGAUAGCUUAUUUGAUACUUAUAAUUACGAGUAGAGGACGGCUAAGUAGUAAAUUGCCAGAGGAGCAAUGAUGGCCGAAGUUGAGGAAGUCGCUGUCCUUGAAGUUCCGAGAGUGCUAGCAGGUCUUCAGAACGCUUUUGUCGGAAGGCUGUCUCCAUAAUCAAGAUCACUAUUUUCUAGUUUAGCGGCACCUUAAUAAACAAAGGGUUUCGUGUUAGCGAGCGAGAGAGUCCAAAGGUUUUACAACGAUGCCUGCUGAGCUGUUUUAAGAAGACACGAUAAAGAGUGUUUUCUCAUAGUUGCUUUUUGCCCCUUCGCACUCGCGCUAUCUCGUCGCCAUAGCUGCGUUACUUAGCCCAAACGUCGCCGUUGUGUGCUCCAGUGCCAAGCUCACUAUACUGUGGCAACGUUGGUCCUCAGCACUGAGGAGCUCGUCGAUGUCAGCCAGUGCGACAACAAACACGCCGUUUCUCUCGCCUUUCCGGUCAGCACCGUAAACGGAAGCGAGAAUGGGGUCGUGCGUCGAGAGGGAAAUAGUACGUCACGAAACUAGACGGUUGUGGAGAGAGAGAGAAGGAGUGGAGAAAAAGGGAGCGUUGCAACUGUCAGCGCGUGGCUCAAGGACGCGCGAACACGACGCAACUGCCGAGUUUGUGGCAGCGUGGCUUUUUGUUUUGACUUACGGCGGCGUGCGUUUCGGGCUUGUCGUAGCCUGAUGCGCCAGUGACACUUUAGACUCGCCGUCACAGCGUCCCUCUACACAAUACGUUGGAUCCUACUACGGACUUCUGUUUCAUUGGAGAAGCCUUAUUCAGUGCUGACCUGCGAACUGCCCACAGCUUGACACGGGACAGCGGAGCUAGCCAGCCAUGAGAGCUCUUCUAGCGGGGCUCGCCCUUCCAUCCCUCUGGGACUGGCGGUGGAUCACCACUGCGCUGGUCUUCGCAGUAUCCUACUUCGUCGGCCGUUUCUACCAACGGGUGUCCAAGUAUCCCAGGGGGCCAUUCCCUUUGCCACUGGUCGGAAACCUUCUUAGUCUUCGCAAAGUGAGCUUGCCGACCAAGGCAAGUGAAUGGUCCAAGGUGUACGGAGACGUCUUCACCCUGUGGAUGUCCCACAGGCCCAUGGUUUUUCUCAACAGCUACGGUGUCAUUCGCGAGGCAUUCCUCGACCACCGGCAUGAGUUCGCAGGGCGCUUUCCAACUAAGAUGGGUGCCGUGCAGAACCAAGGAAAUCACGAUAUCAUGUUCGAGGAUUACAACCCACGUUGGAAAGCACUUCGAAAGGUGGCCCUUCUGGCUGUGAGGAAGUACGCCGUGAGCGAGCCCCUCGAGAAGCUCUGCACGGAUGUGGUCGACUCCUACGUGGACUCCCUGAAAGAGGGCCCGCAACUUGUCGAAUCGAGGGAGCCGUUUCUACACAUCCUGUUCACCCUCAUAACAGUCUCGGUCUACGGAACAACGGUGGAGGAAGCAAAAAAGGAUGUCAAGCAUAUGGAAGAAAUCAACCGCAAGUUCUUUGAGAUCGCCCCUGAUGGAUUGCCAAGCGAUGUCGCGCCCUGGCUAGGAAUACUGUACCGGCGCAGAGAAAAAGCGAUCGAACGUAUCUUUCACGAGUCCUUCGAGUUCUUAAGCAAGUUAUUCAGCGCCGCCGAAGCCACUUAUGCACCAGGCAAAACAGAGAACUUCACUCACGCCAUGUUGUCCGCUCGUGAAGAUGCUAUACGGGAAGAAAAGGGUGACGCCGAAUACCUUACUAAGGGCAACAUGGUCCAGGUACUUGUAAACAUAUUUGGAGCUGCCACCGAUACUUCGGCCGGAGAACUUCAGUGGCUAUUUCUUAUGAUGGCUAAAGAGCCGUGGAUUCAAGAAAAGAUUAAAAAAGAAAUCGAGGACAACAUCGGAAACACCCCACCUGUCUACAAAGAUAGGGAGAAGAUGCCUUUCACCGUAGCUUGCUUGAUGGAGACGCUUCGAUGCUUCCCUGUAGCUCCCUUCGGCAUACCGCACAACACCACGACGGACACUAAGAUCGGAGAGCUGGAGAUACCAAAGGACACGGGCAUAAUAUUCAAUGCGUACGGCGUGAACCACGAUCCUAAGCUUUGGGACGAGCCAGAAAAGUUCCGGCCGGAGCGCUUCCUGGACCCCGUCGCAGGAAAGCUUCGCCGAGACCCCCUGCCUCUUGUUACAUUCGGCAUGGGGCCGAGGACGUGUCCCGGGGAGAAGCUGGCGCACAUGGACAUGUUCUACAUCCUCGUGCGGCUCUUGCAGCGGCUAAGCGUCAGUGCAGGCGAAAAGCCACCCAACGUGGACGCUUGUGGCUUCGGCUCGAACAUAUUUAUGCUGCCUGCCAAACAGACUAUCACGCUCACCAAAAGUAAUUAAACGCGCUGUGUAUAAUAUUCCAA